AGGCCAGUGUCCAGCCCCACCCAGCCUUGCCCAGCUCUAUAAAGGCGCCUCCCAGACUGCCACCCCUAGGAAGUCGCAGCAGCUCUGCGCCCUCAACCAUGAGGCUUCGUCUCUCUUGGUUACUCUUCCUCCUGCUGAUCUCACUGCCUUCAGGGAACGGUUUGAUUGAAAAUGAUGGGGUGGAAAUUCACACCUGCACUGUGCAAGGUGGCAGGUGUUUCUUCGGCUGCAAGAUAGGAUGGGAAUGGGUCAGCUACUGUCACAGUAUAUUGUCCUGUUGCGUAGAAAUUAAGAAAAACCCCCCACCUCAGAUCUAUGAAGCAUGAUCCCCAACUCCUGGGUCCAAUUAAAAGCAUAUGCAAAUGGCU